AAGACUAUAUUCUGAGUCUUCGCUCUCUGUCUCUCUCACCUUUUCCAAAAUCGACGAUGUCGUCUCUCAUAAUUUCUAUGUAUUUUAAUCUCAAGAAGCAGACUAAUUUAAACUUAAAUCCGCAGAGAAUGGGGAGAGAACCCAUCCACCAACACUCUGAUCUCUGUGCCUUAAUGGCUUCCCUUCUUUCUCUUCUCUCUCUGCUUCCUCUUAUUUCAUCUAAUCUAUGGUUCCUUUUACCCACCAAAAACCCUUCUCUUAAAUGUUCUUGACGACCCUUUUCGAUUUCGUUGCCUCCUCUGUAACGCUCGGCCGUGGCUUCUCUGGUACUUUUGAUCUCUCCCAAUACACCUUCUUCACCUUUCCAUGCCCUGUGGCUUCUCUGGAUAUUCGAUGAAUUGCGUUCUUGUUGAUGGAUUUCGUGGAUUUUGGUUGUAAAUAGAUAGCUUUGUGGGUUAGGAGAGUUUUCUUCUCUCUAUGUCGAACGAGGAAGAAGCAGAGAGUUUCCAUAGUCGUGAUGGGGGUACUAGUUAUGAGACCUGUGUUGGAUUUUCUUCCAACCAAGGUGGAGAUGAUCGUUCUUCGGAUGCAGAACCUCAGGAUGCAGAUUAUUCUUACGUUUCGUCGCUGAAUGAUGAGUUAGCGCUUCUUAUCUUAGCAAGGAUCCCAAGAUCAGAGCAUAGGAAGUUCUGCUCUGUAAACAAGCGAUAUCUUGCUCUGUUCAAGAGCGAUGAGCUCUAUGAUAUUAGGAAAGAUUAUAAGAUUAAGGAGGCUUCGGUUUUCAUGUUGGCUUGUGGAGAACCGCAUUGGUGGGAGUUCGACCGGCGAUUCACUUCUUGCAGAAAGCUCCCUGUUUUGCCGUCCGAUGCUUGUUUUGCCUCCGGCGAUAAGGAAUCUCUCUGUGCAGGAACCCAUUUGCUUGUUUCAGGUAGGGAGUUUGAAGGUAUGGCUAUUUGGAGGUAUGAACUGGUGAGCAACAGAUGGUCUAAGGGUCCUUCCAUGAUCAAUCCAAGAUGCCUCUUUGCAUCUGCAAGCUGUGGUGACAUGGCUUUUGUAGCAGGUGGGAUUGCCAUGAGAGCCAGGGGAACUGAAAUCUUAAACACUGCUGAGAAAUAUAACCCUGGGACCAAAUCAUGGGUCUCUCUUCCCCGGAUGAAUCAACGGAGAAGGCUCUGUUCAGGUUGCUUCAUGGAUAAGAAGUUCUAUGUUCUUGGUGGGCAAAAUGAAGGAGCGGUUAAUCUCACUUGUGGGGAAUUUUAUGAUUCAGAGAAGAACACUUGGGAAUUGAUUCCAAACAUGUUGGACAAUGCUCCAGUUUUAAAUCCUAUAACUUCCAGAUCUCCACCACUGGUUGCAGUUGUGAACAACGAGCUCUAUUCUUUAGAACCUUUCUCAAACCAACUCAUGGUGUAUUUGAAGGAUAACAAAUCAUGGAAGUGUUUGGGAGAAUCACCAGUGAGGGCUGAUCAGAGCAGAGGAUGGGGUGUGGCUUUCAAGUCUCUGGGUGAUGCUCUUCUUAUUAUUGGUGGAACUAGCCCUCAUGGAGGCAAUGGAAUGACCAUAUAUACUUGCUUCCCUGAUCCAAACUUUCCUGGGAAUUUGGAGUGGAGGUUUCUUGGCAAUGGAGGUAACAGAAUGAGCCACUUCAUUUUAAAUUGCUCUGUAAUGGUAGCCUGACUAUUGAUCUUUCUGAGUCUCCCUCAGGUAUAAAAACUAGGUUAGUAAGCUUGAAGCUUGGUUGUGUUUAUUAUACAUAUGUUUGUUUUCCCCCCCUCCCUUGUGAUGUGUUCAACAGAAGGCUAGACAUAUGGGAUGCCAUUAAUGUAACUCUGUUUAAUCUUUCUGUAUGGAAGCAUGAUUUUCCAUUGCAGGAGCUCUGCAGUUA